UUACUCAGUGUUUCUCUGCUGUAUGUGUUCUGAAUUUAAAAGACAUCUGCUUCACUUCAGCUGUAUCCCCCACUGUCAGUCUUUGCUUCCUCCUGCUAUAUGCAUGCUAAAAUAUUGUUGGCAUGAAUAUGCAAGUAAAAUAAAUGCAAAGCCAGCAUCAGAGAUAAUUGCUGAUCCUUUUAAAAUGUCCAAUCCUCUCAUGAGGUCUUUGAUGCUGAGGCUGUUAAGCAAAGCAGACUAAGAUUUGAAUGCUCUCUUUUCAAGCAACAAGAGCAAGCAUCUGCAAUUACUUUAUGAAAACAACCACUGGUGAGAAUUACAAAUCAAUACAUGCAAUGUGCUUGGUAUAUUUUAUUUUAAUGAAAACCUGAUUCACGCUGCAUUUGGAGUUUCUCAGCUGCCUUGUUAGAUCCCUGGCAUCAAGGCGUGGUGACAAAGGAGUGUGCCACCUCCUCCACGGCUGGGAUCACGUGGCAGAUGCUCUAUACAUCUUCUGACGCAGUUCCUCUUCGCUUGGUGUGAACCACCAGCCAGCGUGCAUCAGACAGGAUGCUGAGAGCAACUCGCUAUCAUCAUGGCACUGAUGAGCAGGCAGCUGGGAGAGGCUCCCGGCCGAGUGGCACUGCUGGAGGGAGCAAAACCUGCCAUGUCUGAAAACAUCCUGGAGACAGUGACUGCAGCUUGCCUGGCUGCUCCCGGCAGUCCCACAUCUCUUCCCAUCCUCACCCUUUCCCGGCAAUUUUGCAGGACGAAGAGCAGAUGGGGGUCACCUGUCAACACCAGCACCCUCAAAAAAGUGAUAUCUGCUGAUCUUCAGAGACUGACCUGCGCUGCACCACUAGCCUUAAAGAGGAGUCUGGACAAUCACAUUUUGGACAUUUCCCAGCUGUUAGAGCCCCUCUGGAGACAGUCAUCAGAGUCACUGAGAGGUGACAUUGCCUUUUCCACUUUCUCAGUAUCUUCCUGGCUGCAAGGCUCAUGCUCGUUUCAGAAUACCGUUCUGGCACCUGUCUACCCAGCCCUGCAGAUCACAGCACGUUCACCUCAGACUGUUGGAGGACCAGCCUUGCAUAUCUGAUGUGAUCACAGAUGGCCUCAGCCCUGCCCUCCGGGUAUGAAAUACAGACAGCAGUCAGCAGGACUCAACAGCCACAGAAGAUGGGGUUAUGAGAUCCACCUGGCAAGGGAAGGCCGGUCGCAGCCCACUCCAAGCCCUGUAUGAGAGUGACCAGUUUGAGCAGUCAUCACUGCAGGCAGUUCACCAGCAGAGACGGGAGCUGUUGAGCAACAUCUGCAACCGUUACACCCGCAAGCGACGUCUCCUGCGGUCUGAUGACUUGCGGCACUUGGUGGUGGAUGACACUCAUGGGCUACUCUACUGCUAUGUGCCCAAAGUGGCCUGCACUAACUGGAAGCGGGUGAUGAUGGUCCUGACAGGGCAAGGCAAGUACCGGGACCCACUGGAAAUCCCUGCCAAUGAGGCCCAUGUCUCAUCCAACCUGCGCACACUCUCCGAGUACAGCGUCCCCGAGAUCAACCACCGCCUGCGCAGCUACCUCAAGUUUAUCUUCGUGCGGGAGCCCUUCGAACGCCUGGUCUCGGCGUACCGCAACAAGUUCACCCGCAGCUACAACACGGCCUUCCACAAGCGCUACGGGACCAAGAUCAUCCGGCGGCACCGGCAGGAGCCCAGUGACAGAGCAUUGGAGCGUGGGGACGAUGUGCGUUUUGAGGAGUUUGUCUACUACCUGCUGGAUCCACGGACACAGCGGGAGGAGCCCUUCAACGAGCACUGGGAGCGGGUGCACUCCCUCUGCCACCCCUGCAUCGUCCACUACGACGUGGUGGGCAAGUAUGAGACCUUGGCCGAAGAUGCCAACUAUAUCCUCCAGCUGGUUGGGGCUGACACGAGCGUCAAGUUCCCAUCUUCAUCCAAGACCAGUAGGACGACAGAUGAUAUGACAGCCCAGUUCUUCCAGGACAUUAGCCCCUUCUACCAAAGGAGACUCUUUAAUUUAUACAAAAUGGACUACUUGCUUUUCAAUUACUCCAUCCCCUCGUACCUCCGCAUCCGAUGAGGUAGGGGCUGGGAGGAGAGGCAAAGGAGAGCUGGGUAACUCUCCAUCUUGCCACAAUUCCUCUCCUCCCACCCUGUGCUCAUCUCUUGAUUGAUCUUUCCCUGUGCCCUUCCCAUUACAGUGUGCUCCACAUCCUGAUGCCUCGUUAAUGCAUGGUUUGGAUGGAGGACUUCUCUCAAAACACUGAGGCUGGAGCUUUUCCUUCCCUUUCCCUCCCACCCUUCAACAUCUACGGGGGAUGGUGUUGGGACCGGACAGUGCUGGGUGGGAGGGUUUGCCUUGGCUGGGGACUUUCUUUUAACUAAGAGACUUCUCUGUAGAUCUAAGUCUUGGGAAGGCUCCUUUUUUUGGGCAGGAUCCCUUAAGGUCUUUCUCCUCCUUACUGGGCUGUUUGGGGGCAGACAUGGCGUCUCAGGGCGGGGCAUGGUGCG